AGCUUAAAAAAUGUCAAAACAAAUUCUUUUCCUCCUCAACCACACAAGUAAACCUCCAUGCACACACAAGCACAUGAAAUAAAUAAUUUAUUGAAGGAAGAAGGAUGUCGUCUGUCUUCAAUCUUAUAUCAUAAUGGAAGAAAAACAAACCAAACGAUAGCCUUUACAUUAAAUAACACAAGCUCCCUUCCUCCCUUCCUCCCUUCCUUGCUUGCCCGCCCUUGAAGUGCAGUGUAAGCCAACAAAAACAUCACCCCUCUUAAUUUGUCUCUCUCUCUCUCUUCCUGCUUAGCAAAAGAAGAAAAAAAAAAUUAAAACUUCACCAUCAAUGGCGUAAAGCAACACCAAUCAAAACCCUUGCGUGUCCGAAAUCAUUGAAAAGCAACUAAACCAAGAACAACACCCCAAUUUCUAACUUUCUUUAUAUGUUUUCUUUAAUGAAGAUAUGAUCACCUCAUAUCAAGUGCAAGGUGAAAGUAGAGUGUAGUAUAAAGGAUUUGAACAGGAAAGAUAGGUUUCUGACUGUGACGGUGACUGUUAUCAUUGUUUGUGUCCUUUUUCUUUUGCUUUUUUAUGGUUAUGUUUACGAGGAGUGGUCAAGAUAGUUGUAGUUCUAGUAAAGAAAAAGAAGAUUUUUGUAGAAGUAGUAAUCCUGGGAAAGGCAGGGGAAUAUUUUCUUGAUGGGAGGAUAUUUGAUUGUAUCCAUGAAAUUACAGUGGCUCUUGCUUUUGCUAGGAUGACAGAUUCUUCUGCUUAUAGAGUUGAAACCACUUCUCGUCUUGCUCAAUGGAGGAUAGACAAUCUUGCUUCUUGUACUUAUCGGAAAUCAGAUCCUUUCAAGAUUGGCAAGUGGAAUUGGCAUCUAUCUGUGGAGAAGAACCGGGUAUUAUUUGUUAAGUUGUAUCCAGAGAUAUCGAAUCUAACGCGGGAAAAUCCUCCAAUUGCUUCAUUUAUUAUUCGAGUUGUUUCUUCUGCUGGAGAUCGCAAGGCUUUGACUCAUCCAGAGGUAACGGAUAAGCAGCUCAAGAACAACGACGAUUUUGUCUGGGCAAUUGAUGUUCCUUUAACAACAGGGAAAUUCAUUAUCGACGUUGAAUUCCUUGAUUUGAAGGCAGCAUCUCCAGGGGGUGGAGAACCUUGCUCGAUCUGGGACGAAGAAACCACAGAAAAGCGAGCAAAUGCAACAGCUCUUGUGUCACUUGGUAGAAUGUUAACAGAAAGCAUCCACACAGAUAUCAAAAUUAUUGUUUCUCAUGGAAGCAUUGGAGCCCACCGUGCUGUUCUUGCUGCCAGAUCGCCUGUUUUCCACAGCAUGUUUGCUCAUGACCUGAAAGAAAAGGAACUGUCAACCAUAAAUAUAUCUGACAUGUCAAUUGAAGCAUGUCAGGCUUUUCUUAAUUACAUAUAUGGGAACAUCCAGCGUGAAGAAUUUCUUGUCCACCGUUUGGCACUUCUCAGUGCAGCUGAUAAGUAUGAUAUUGCUGACUUGAAAGAGGCAUGCCAUGACAGUCUUCUGGAAGAUAUAGACACAAAGAAUGUACUUGAGAGGCUACAAAGCGCAUCCUUAUAUCAAUUGCCGAAACUGAAGACCAGCUGCCUGCGGUAUCUUGUGAAGUUUGGUAAGAUAUUUGAUAUUCGAGAUGAUUUCAAUUCCUUCUUGCAAUGUGCAGACAGGGAUCUGAUAGCUGAAGUCUUCCAUGAAGUUCUCAAUGCCUGGAAAGGAUUCUGAAGACGAUAGUGUGGUUAAGUCAGUUGUAUUUUACAAAAUGGGUGUUUAGAAAAUUUAGUGUGCACAAUUUGUUGCCAUCAAGAUUAUUCUUUGUUCAGAAUGAAUUUGUCGAUGCCUUCAUGUACACAUAUAUUGGAUUGCGUGACAUGGAUCUUCUAUCCGAGGAUCAUGUAUUCAUGAACACAAUGAUUUGAAUGAAAUGUAAAUACUUUGAUAAUAUGAUUCAAAUUUCAAAAUAACUUCUUUUA